UCUUCGUGAUGCAAUGGAAAAUUACGAAUGAAACUAAUUGACUUUUGCAUGCCGAGCGUAAAAAAAAUAUGUGUCAGAAGUGGGAUUCGAACCCACGCCCACAGAGUGGACUGCGACCUGAACGCAGCGCCUUAGACCACUCGGCCAUCCUGACUUGCUUUCAGCGUAACUACAAAUAAUUUACUGAGGGAAGAAAUCCAAUCUUGUAAUAACAAUUGAAAUGUAGCGUGGCUGCGUGUGGACACUCAGACUAUUCUCACAAUCCACGGCCACGUAAUAACAAAGAACCACAGGAUCGGCGUGACCCACUCGGACCACAGGACAUGGCAUCUUCACAUUAAAGAGAUCCGACAGUCGGACCGUGGAUGGUACAUGUGCCAGAUCAACACGGACCCUAUGAAGAGCCAAGUCGGCUUCCUCGACGUAGUUGUGCCGCCUGAUAUUUUGGACUACGGAACGAGCACGGACAUGGUCGUCAGGGAAGGGAGCAACGUCAAUUUCAGAUGUGCUGCAUCUGGAGCACCCACACCAAAUAUCACAUGGAGAAGGGAAGGAGGAGAAGCAAUUACACUACAUAACGGUCAAGAAGUUCCGACGAUUGAAGGGCCUGAGUUCAACUUGACGAAAGUCAACAGAUUGCAUAUGGGAGCGUAUUUGUGCAUCGCUUCGAACGGCGUGCCACCGUCAGUGAGCAAACGAAUUAUGCUAAUAGUCCAUUUCCCGCCGAUGAUCUGGAUCCAGAACCAGUUGGUCGGAGCGAUGGAAGGCGAACAAAUGACACUGGAAUGCAAUUCAGAGGCGUACCCCAAGUCGAUCAAUUACUGGACGAGUGAAAAGGGAGGAAUUAUCUCUAACGGCGCUAAAUACGAGCCCGAGCUGCAAAACAACGCGUACAAAGUAUUCAUGAAACUGACGAUACACUCAGUGACUCCGUCCGACUUUGGCUCUUAUAAAUGCGUCUCCAAGAAUUCACUAGGCGAGACCGACGGAACUAUAAAAUUGUACCGGAUUCCGAGUCCAUCUACAACUACCACGACCACUGUUACCACAGAGGAAGUGACCACGCCCUCCAAAGUGGUUCCGGAAGUGAAAUCAGAGCGGAAACGGCAAAAAGAGAAAAAGAAACUUGCACAAGUCAACGAUAUCCCGCCGUUGCCGGAUAUGAGAGGAGGGGACGCACCAAAGCCAGGGAGGGUGAAGGUGGAGGAGAAUAGGUACGAGACGAAAAUGGACAGGUCGCAGUACUCGGGCUGCGGAGCAAGUUGGCCGACCCGAUACCUUUUGGUGUUGAUGCUAACCGUGUUCAGCGUUUAGUUCGUCGACCACCCGUUAGAGAUCAGCACACUGAGGAUUUCCAGCGGCGACUCACUCAAGUUCACGUUCUUCCCUCCAUAAAUUCGAAUAUUAUGUAAUACCGAUGAACUUACAUUUACUUCUUAUUUUGUUUUUUCCAGUCUACUUCUUUUUAUAUUUUUGUUUAUGAAAUCCAGUACAAAACAACCUUUUGAGUAUUUUGUUUGACUUGACCGAACGGAUCGGUGCUAACAAUGCCAAAAUAAUAAAGUUAACGCUUUCCUUCUUAUAGUGGAAAAUAACGAUGUAUAUAAUAAACCUGUACCCCCAAAUUCUAAUCUAUGUAUAGACGUGCUGUGUAUAUAUUGUAUUUGUAUAUAAAGACUGUUCAAAGAAAUGUUUUCUCCUCCUUUGUUAGCAUUUUCUUGUAUUUGGUGUUUAUUUGAUAAUUUAAUCUUGAAAAGCAAUGGUUGUGCAUUGGGAUUUUAAUAUUUAUCAUUUUUGUCUGUGUGAAAUUAUUAUAAUAAAAAUGUGAACUUUAAAACUAAUUUAAACAUAUGGGUUGCUUUGUAUAGUGUUUGCCAACCAAAUAUCCAGUAGAAAGCCUAUUCAUUUUUUUUAGAGUAAUAAAAUAAAAAAUAAAACGUUUUUUGUUUUGAAAUUCCAUAUAAUAUUUGUAAAUAUAAGUUCCUCCUAUAUUACCUCAUCAGUUUUGUUUAUGGUGUAAUAACUAAAAUGUAAAAUAUUUAAAAAUAACAAUUAUAGUGAUGAUGAUGUGUUUAUUAUUUCACAACCAAUUAGUUUUUACAAAUAUUUCUGACUGUUCCGAGAUGCAUCUUAGACUAGGUUAGGUGUGUGAAAUUUAGUUCAGAAAUACAUGUAUAAUUACUUUAAUUGUGUUUCAUUGUUUAUUUCGAAUUGUGUGUACUGUCUGAUGGAAUUUUUUAAAUUCAC